UGUCGAUGGCUGAGGCCGGAAGUGACAAAUCCGAGGCCAACUUCACCGGCCUGCAGUGUGCAGCCAUGUCUACGGUCUGACUAACGACCUGUCAUCUCUUUUCCUUAAAAACAAGACUUGUUUCUGGGAACAGCGUAAGAAAUGGGAACGUUUUUACCACGGCGGCGCAUCUCACAGUGAGUUUCUGAACAGGUGAGGCGACGCCAUGAUCCCGGUUCCCUGCGCCAGCUGAAGACGCGCGCGUGUGUGACCUCAAAGCCGCUGUCACCAUGGGGACGACGACGAGCGAGCCGUGCAUCUACGACAAGCUGUCCGAGAGCAUCGACAUCCUGCGCCAGUCGGGCUACCGCUACGGCAUGUCGGAGAGGGAGAUCGAGAGGUUCAUCAAGCAGGUCCUGGAGACCAACGAGCCCAGAACGGAGCCCCCACAGUUCCCCAUUCUUAGAGCCACCAUUAAGUUUCUGGUGGCUGUGGGCUUCCUGCUGGUGGUGGUGCUGGCCUUCACCUACCCGCAGAGCUCCCCCCAGCUGGGACUGGUGAAUCUGGGCUGUUGCAACUGGUCGUCGCCCCUCAGCCACGUCCGCCUGCUCUCCCUUCCUAUUGCCAAGAAGUACAACCUGCAAGGUUUUCAUGAGUGGUGGAGCGCUGGUUCUCUCAGGCAGAGUCUGGUGAACUGUUCCGGCUGCGCAGAGAUCUCCUCGGUGCUGGAAGUCCCCGAGACCCUCAGGGGGACGGUGACUCUGCGACGGGGGCCCCAGCUGGUGCUGCUGAAGGGCGGGGAGUCCCUCAGCAUCCAGCGGCAGCAGCUGGAGGAGCUCUACUUGGCCCAUUCAGGCUCCAUGUCCAUUCUGCUGGAGGAGGACGACGGCGUGCACAACGACAACCUCGGCCUCCCUCAGGGACCUGCAAACUUCACCCUGCUCUGGAGGUUCAGUUCUGGAACCAGAGAAAAGGUGCUGAGAUGGCUGUUCCCCAAGGCGGAGCUCUGCCCCCUGCUGGACAGCGCCGGGACCAUCCUGCAGCGAUGCCUGGUCAUCCAUAGCACAAACUCUCAGAGCAAGGGGGUCCGGGUGCUGGGUUGGCUGGUGGUGGGAGAGGGGCUGCCAUCGGUUCGAGUUGUGCCUGUUCAGCGGUGCCAGAAACACUGCAGCUCCUUCAACCUCUGGCUUUCGCCCGGAGACAUGGUGUACGCGGACCCUCGAUACUGGCAGAUGGAGCUGUUCCCUGGACGUGGCCAGAACAUCAUCUGCGACGGGACGACCUUUUAGCCUUCAGACGGGGCCGAGCUCAGGACCCGGGACACGACACACAAAGCACCUUUGAAUGUUUGUGUUUGGAGCUUACUGGCCUCUUUGUGCCCAUUGUCUGCCCGUUGUUGCCUUAUAACACCAACAAUGUUUUGUUUAUAGCGCCUUUCUGCUCUGGUAAUCCUCUGAGAACUGAAACCAACUGCACAAAAAGAGGGCGGGGUGGGGGGGCGGGGGGAGAGAACCUCCUGCAGAGUCUUCUGAGGGUCAGAGGAAUAAAGAAAGACUUGUUCUUUAGCUGAAGUGCUGAAAAAUCAUCUGCGCUCAUGCCACAGCUUCUAGCUGAUUUCUAGCAAUCAAGAAAUCUUUAAAUAUUAUUGGUGGUGAAGGGAGAAGGUAAUGACACUGGUCCCAGACCCAGGAAUCACUGCCACCAUCUACAUCCUGUUCAGUGACUUUAAACCAUUUCUGUUGCAUUCAGAUCCCCCCCCCCCCCCGUGUAAGAAUAAUAAACAGGUGCGAUUAAGAAUGGGAAGAAUGAGUUUCUUUUGUGUGCUACAGUCAGAGAAUGUGUCCAGAAGUGCUGACCUACCUUUGUUAUGCAGACACUAAAAAUCAGGCAAGCUCCUCCUGUGAUAAGUUCAUCUGUGAUUUUAUUUAGGUUGCUCCUAAUCUUUAACCCGACGUGUAAACAAUCCAGCUCCAGGACUUCGUCUCCUCUUUUUUCGAUGCAACCUUUCUACCUGCAUAACGACGGGGUCAUCGGCGUGCGACGGACGCCGACCCCGAACCUUCAGACGUUCACCCAGGCAUCAUCUCCUAUGUGCCAUACCGCAUUCAUCGGAUGCAUCCACCCUUGAACCAUUUACCAGCUCGUAACAUACAUUUGCUGCUUCACCUCCUGAGCUAGUUCCCAUUUAAAGGGCCAGUUCAAUGUUUUCUGUUUUUUUUUUUUUUUUUUCUCUUGCAGUCUGUGCUUGCAGGUCAUAUCCAAAUACGGCUGCAUUUUUUUUUGCAGUAUUUUACAAUGUAAAAAAAUGGUUUUCUGCAUUAUUUACGUUAUGUAUAUUCAUACAGUUACAUUAAACGAGGAGGUAAGAAAUGUAACGUGCUGUUUAAUCAUAAGUCAAAUGCAGCCAAUAUUCUGUGUGUAAUUAGGACAGAAGUUUAAGGUGUAAAAUUAGCCUCAGUGACAAUAGGGGAAUUCAGAGUUUAUGGCUCAUACUUUCAGAGCGUUAACAGGGAAUGUAUAAGUUUGACGGGUUCUCCUGCAGAACAUGUAUCUGAAACUUUCUGUUCCCUUCUUGAUCGGAGGCGGAAAUGAGAACCGACCCCCUGACGAGAUGUUACGUUGCCAGAGCGCAUCAAGCAGGAAACAUGUUUGAUUCUACUUGUUUUACAAAGCUGCUGCUCCUCCAGUUUCCGUGUGCUUAUUUAUUGUUCGGACUGUAUACAUGUAUACAAAUCUUUGAUUUUUAAUACAGAUAUGUUGUAAUAUAUGUUUGAUUAUUAUUGUUACUGCUGAGCUUUAGGAUGAAAUGACAGCAGAGGGUAUAUUUUAUGUAUGACCAAGAAUUAAAAGUUUUAAUCAUG